UUGGUGGUGUAUAUAUGUGAUGGGAAGUAUUAGAACAACGUGUACGUGUCAAAUGUAAACAGCAACUAGUACACGUAUAAAAUUACGUUUAAACAAGACUGCGCACAUUUGCUGCUACACAUAGUUCGUACGUAUAAGGAUUAACGGCGUUAUAUAAGAUAUGAGGGAUAGGAGGAAGAAGGGCUAAGAAUCGCUCGGCCAAUAAAUCAAAAAAAAAAAAAAAAAAAAGUGCACGCGCCGAUCCUGCGCGCGACUCCGCGACUGACGGCGCGCUCCCGCGACAAUGUCCGCCAUUUUGACUCGAAAAUAUGACAGAAUUUCUUCUCCCUUCCUUGGAGCCCGCGUGAUGCUGGCGCUCGGAUUCUGAAGCCGUUUUUCGGCGUGGAAGAGUCGCGGAAGGCGCGGGGGAGAGGCCCGCGGCGCGGGAUGGGCUCCGGUGUGCGAGCUCCGGUGCACUAUCGCCCGCGACAUUUGCCGGACAUUUCAGCGUUUCACUCUUUCGCUGGUUGCGCGUAAACAAGUGGCGCGGAGGGCACGCUGCUGUGGCGUGAAGGUGAAACCCCAUAUGCUCAUCAAUGAACGUUUUCUUUGCGUUCUUCACGAUCACCGAGGCGAAUGUCUGCGUGCCCAUGGGAGAGGAUUAAUUAAGGUUAUAGACAUUUUGUCAACAGAUCUGCGUGGCCUGACACCAUGUUCUGGAAGUUCGACCUGCACACCACGUCCAAUGUGGACAAGCUCCUGGACAAGGAGGACGUGACGCUACGCGAGCUGAUGGACGAGGAUGACGUGCUGCAGGAAUGCAAGGCCCAGAACCGCCGCUUGCUCCUCUUCCUCAGCCAGGACCACUGCAUGCAGGAGCUGGUCAACCUGAUCACGCAGGAGCCGCCGGACAACGUCGACGAGAAGAUCCGCUUCAAGUACCCCAACAUUGCCUGCGAGCUCCUGACGUCGGAUGUGAACCACAUCAAUGACAAACUCGGGGGCGAUGAGUCUCUACUGGACAAGCUGUAUAGUUUCUUGGACCAUGAGCCGCCCCUGAACCCCCUGCUUGCUAGCUUCUUCAGCAAGACCAUCGGCAACUUAAUCGCCCGCAAAACGGAGCAGGUCAUUGGCUUCCUAAGGAAGAAGGAGGGCUUCAUCAGCUUGGUGCUGAAACACAUCGACGCCUCUGCUAUGAUGGACUUGUUGCUUCGCCUCAUCAGCUGCGUAGAACCUGCCCCCUUGAGGCUGGAGGUCCUUAAUUGGCUGAAUGAGGAGAAGCUCAUCCAGAGACUCAUUGAGCUUAUUCGUUUCGUAGAAGACGAGGAGAGGCAGUCCAAUGCGUCACAGACCUUGUGUGAUGUCAUCCGCUUAAGCCGCGACCAGGCCACGCAGAUGCAAGACUCCACGGAGCUGGACCCUCUGCUUGCCGUGCUCGAGUCGCAGCAGAGCGUGGAGGACCUCCUGAACAAUAUGUUUUCGGGAAACAAGAGCGAAGCCUGCAUUGUUAAUGGAACCCAAGUGCUCCUUACGCUCCUGGAGACCAGGAGGCCAGGGGUUGAAGGGCUGUUGGACCUGUGUUCUCAGGGAUAUGAAAGGUCUUACACUGUCAAUAGUAGCAUAUUACAAGGUAUUGGGGCUUAUUUGCAGAACUUCCAUCAGGUUCUUCUGGAACCUCCAAAGAAAAGUGCUAUGCUGACAACCAUUGGCGUGCUAGAGGAACCACUGGGCAGCGCCCGGCUCCACAUCGCACGGCUGGUGGCCUCCCUGCUUCAGAGCUGUACAGCCAGUAUCGCCGCGGAGCUGUGCCGGCUCAACACCAUGGACCUGCUGCUUGAUUUGUUCUUUAAGUACACCUGGAAUAAUUUCUUGCACUCCCAAGUGGAGCUUUGUGUGGCGACCAUCUUGAACCCCCAUCCUGGUGUGGAGGAGAGCCUCAAGAGUUGUCCUGGCAGCGCGGAUGGGCCAGAGAAGCAGAGCAGCAGCGCGGAGAUGGCCGACAACCCCAGCCAGAAUACGCUGGUGGCUCAUCUCUUCCAGAAGUGCCGUCUGGUCCAGAGGAUACUUGAUGCCUGGGAGGAGAAUGACAAAAUACAGGCUGAGGGAGGGAUGAGGAGAGGCUACAUGGGCCACUUGACCAGGAUAGCCAACACUGUGGUCCAGAACAUGGAGAAAGGUCCAGUCCAAGUGCAAAUCAGUGACAUCAUUAAAGAGCUGCCGGAAGACUGCCGGGGACGCUGGGAGAGCUUCGUGGACGAGACGCUGACGGAGACCAACCGGAGGAACACGGUGGACCUGGUGAGCACGCACAACCUGCAUUCUUCCAGCGAGGAUGAUGACAUGGAAAGCCCGUUCCCCAAUGAGCUGUCACUCCAGCAGGCAUUUUCCGACUAUCAGAUCCAGCAGAUGACGGCCAACUUUGUGGAUCAGUUUGGCUUUAAUGACGAGGAAUUUGCGGAGCACGAAGACAACAUUAAUGCCACGUUUGAUAGGAUUGCAGAGAUAAACUUCAAUUUAGACGUGGACAAUGACGGCGCCAACAUCGCUAUGUUUGAGGCCUGCUGCAAGGAACGGAUACAACAGUUUGACGAUGCCGAGGAAGAGGACGACGAUAUUUGGGAGGACAAAGAAAUAAACUAUGCAACACAAGUAAAGGCGAGAACCAGGUUUGGAAUUUCACGCAGUUCGGACAGCUCUAGCAGAAGUGACGCGGGGAACGGCAAGGGCGCCCGUAGCCUGGGCUCGGAUGAGGACGACGAGGCCGACGAGGAGCUUCGGCCCAAAGUAACAGCUCCCCACGCAGGAAAGGGGAGGAACGAGAGCCAGCCUAAGAGCCCGGAGGCAGAGUCUCCAGAGAGCCCUGGCUGGACGGCCAGCUUUGAGGAGUUGCUGACCUCGAAGGACCUCCCUGCUCGCACGGCAGCGGACCCCGGUCCCGGCACGUGGGACUCGGCCACCUCCCAGGGUGACGCCGAGGACAAAGAGUGGGCCAAAUUCCCUGACUUCCAGCCUUUCUGCCGUUCAGAGCCCCGGAACAGCUCUCCUGCGGAGUCCAGCAGCUCCCUGGCAGAGAGGACUAAGUCCAGCCCGGACGCCGACUUCGAAGGUGGAGCCCACUGCGCCUGGAGCGUAUGCUCGACGCGGAAGGCCCCCCUCGUAGCUUCCGACAGCAGCUCUUCGGGGGGCUCGGACAGCGAGGACGACGACGAGGACAAGGCCGACGUGGUGACGGAGACCAUCGCGACAGCGGCCGGCAAGGAAACGGUCAAGCUCACUGUGGACGCAAAACACGAGAAGGCUGUUUUCACCAGCACGGCGGACUCGCGCAGAGUGUUUAAACCUGCAGCUUUAUGCCCCGACGUGGACUCGUUGCCCUUGGAUAGCCCGACCGUCACGGAUUGCCCCCCGGGGGAUGGGACGGAGCCCACGGGCGACCCGCUCGAUGCCACCCCGCCCUCUUCGGAUAGCGACGCGGCGGACCUCACUGUGACGGACAGGAAGGAUACGGUGCCCCCGCUGGUGGAAGCGGCUCUCAAUGGGCCAGUUUGACUACGUCGCCCCGUGUGGGACCGGGACACAAGUCGGACCCGUUCUGCGCCGCUUUUAUCCAUCCUACUCCAGAAACCCAGUGCAACAAUUUUUUUUUUUUUUUUUUUUUUUUUUUUUUUUUUUUUUUUUUAAAAGAACUAUUUGUUUCAUUGAGUAAUGCUGCAAAUUUUUUUGGUCCGGACCUGUUGAAGGGACAUACGUGUGUACCUGUAAGGGACAUCUUUUUAUCCGGGCGAAGAAAUUGUACCGUUUUAAUGUAGCAGUAAAUUACAGUGUGAAAGGAGGGAACUUUUUCUUCGUGUCCUUGAAGAUGUGUCCCCGCCCCACCUCAAUGUCCAUCUGUCCCCGUGUUUUUUGCUCCGCCCACACCCUGGCAGCGGCGGGGACGUCCAAGUAACAGGUUGCGCUCAAUAUGCGAGGCAGGCCGAACGGGAGCCUCGGAGAGGACUUUCGGCAGCCUCGCUCUGCCGCGGACCGGCCGCGCGGCCCGAACCGCGACAUCAAACGCGUUUGCGUGCGAGGGGGUGGGGGGUGUUUGAAUCGGAAAGAAGGGGACGGACGGGCACUGCGUUAGCCCCUGCCCCGACGGGGCUCAUCAUCUUGAUCGCUUUUGUGCGUUAAUGUUAUGUAGCCUUCUCGAUUUGGCCGAAGCCUCGCGGAGGAACGCUGUUAACUUCACGUCGCUCUAGAGCGGGCCAAACGGACAGGUUUCGGUUUAACGUCAUUCUGAGACGGUAGGUUCUUCGCGAUAGAUUCUGGCGCCUCCAGGGGAGAGUCAAAAUUGUGCGGUUUUUAAAUCCGGAGGUUUGGCAGUUUCCCUAAAAGUCAAAGUUUCUCUCAUCUGCGUAAGCAGUUAUUAAAAGAUGGUUUGGGCCGGCUGUACGCGCCUAUUUAAAUCCACAGCCCGACGGUUAUUCUGGGGACGAGCGCUCGGCGGUCUCGUUGCCCAAUGUCAUCGUUGCGCACGAUCUGUGCGGCAGAUUCAUGAGGAACAGGGAACAAUGUUGGGAAAAUGAUUUUAUAUCAAAAUACGUAGUGCAGUUCAGUGCAGGCUGACCUAAGUGAGAAAACAACAUGGCCCGUUCAGCUUCCACGCUGUGGGUGUCAGAAACGGAAAAGGGAUGGAUCACGGUUAUGGAGAACUACAGUUCUGCGUGCGGGCACAUGCAUGCAUCAGGUUAUUUUUUUUUUAAUUAUUAUUAUUAUUAUUAUUACUUGAUCGAAGUGGACCGAUGACGCCCGGACACCCUCGGCCGCGUACGCGGUGACCGGAUGGGUGGAUGUGCCGGCCACCCCAACUGGCUGGUAACCCUCACCUCCUCUGCUGAGGGAGAAGAAACAGUCAUGUCUCUUAAUGUCUUUUCGUAUUUGCAGCUUGGAGGUGUUCACGUUUCAUAUUUUGCCCCCAAACGUGUGGCAAGCUAGUUUUUUUUUUCCCCGAUUUGUUUUCUCUAAGCCAAAAUGUAUUUUGUACUAUUUUGCCAUAGCAAAAAUUCUCUAUUUUUUUUGGUGAAGCAAAUUACAUCUGUGUUUAAGAAGGUCGGAAAUCCGAUUUGUCUAAUUCGGAGCCAAAUGUCGGUUGUCUCGCC